AUGGGCAAACGCAAGUCAGCGAGCAAGCCAGAGGGCAAGAAGAAGGUGCGCAUAUCGCGUGAAGCACUUGAGGCCAACGAGCACACGACUAACACCGUGAUAGNNCGCGAGGCCCUAUCAACUACCUUCCAAUGCCUGUUCUGCAACCACGAGAAUUCAGUCUCGGUCAAGAUCGACAAGAAGGCCAGCACAGGCGAACUGACCUGCAAGGUCUGCGGCCAAACAUUCCAAUGUGUCGUCAACUACCUCAGCGCACCUAUCGAUGUUUACUAUGAGUGGGUGGAUGCUUGUGAUUCUGUAGCCAAGCAGUCCGGUCAGAGUCAGCCGAGAAGAGACACGUACAGUGGCACUGCAUCACAAUCACGCUCGCAGACCGCUCGAGGCACUGCCGCCGAUACCGCAGCCGACGACGGCUUCAUCGACGACGACGAGCUUGACGCAGAGGCAGAGUACGCCGAAGAGUAA